AUGGUGGCGAUCUCGUUGUACAGGGGAAACCUGCACAGGGUUCCCGAUGUGCCGCGGCGGUGGCCAAUGCCUCCGCGGGCCAUCUCCGUCGGAGAAUUCAGGGUCCUGCUGGACAGACGAUCGAGGGCCCUAGCUCAACUACAGGCCUCCGGAACUGCGACUGACGCAGAGGGAGAUGCCGAGGAAGAGAAGCUCCCGUCAGGGGAGAAGGAGGAGGGAAUGGGCGACAGCGGAUGCCCGAAGCCUGGUCAGUCGUUGGUAUCGUCCUCAGCAGAGGUAGCCCCGGAAAACGCCGAAGGCGGCAUCGUCGCACGCCUCGAGGGUUCAAAAGAGAUGGUUCAGGAUGUGGAGAUUGGGGAGGGUGACGGAGCAGGAGCAGGGGGGAACGGGCCGUCCUGUUCCGCUCCAAAAUCUAUCAUUUGGGAGAGCGACAAACUCGAGGAGAGCAAAGCUGUCAACGACUCAACUGCGGAUGGGGGGGCCAGCGGUAAAGUUGAGGUGCGGAGAGAUUGAAAAGCUAUUCAUCUCGUUAGAAAUGAUUGUGGAAAAAUGAAUUCGCAUCUUUAUGAUCAUGAGGAAUCUUGCUAAGCAACUUAGAUUUGAGCUUGUAAUCUGCCCUCCUGUUUUUUUUUUGCCGUCCAUGUAGAUUUUUUUGGCUAUUUCUGAUAGUUUUUGGCGUGGUUGACUGUUCUUUAUGUCUGAGAGCUGCAGUUAGUUCUGUGCUAAUUCCACUUGACUUUAGUGAGGGGAGUACAGACCAUAGGGAACCAGUGCACGGAUCAAGUCAUGUACACGUAUGAAAAAUUCACAUCAUAGAUUCCAAAUUAAUCAGCUGUGUGUAUAAUCUACUUCCUUCAAUGCCAAGAGUCCCAAAUAAGGGAACAUUAACAUUUCUUUUUGGCAUAGUGUUUCUUCCCACGUAGAUGAUGAAGCUAAACGAAUUAGGAUGGAGUCAACGUUAAAUCUAAGAUGUAUUUUAGAACUUGUUCAUUAAUGUGAGAACAUUGAAUUUUAUAAAAACAAGAAAAUAUAAUGUAGAUGAAAGAGAAAAGAAGAUUGUACAUGUAUGAGGGGAACCCUAGCGUUAGCUCAAUUGCUGCUGUUGGACCAUGGUACUUGCCACUGGAAGAUCUUGGGUACCAUGACCAAGGGCACCUGUAAUUGAUAAAGUGGGGGCGGUCGCAACUUGUAGGUACCUCCUGGCCUUUAUCAGGAAUUGUUAGGUUCUGAAGCUAAGUGUGCAGCUUCAUUUUUUUUCUAUGGGGCAGUUUGGCAUUUUUAUUCUGGGGGUGUAUGUUGGCUGUGGCUUCUCUUGUUGUGCCAAUGUUUUGUCAUGGGUAGAAUCCUUUUCGAGAGGUCUACAUCUAGUUCUUUUGUCUAUCUCCGUAUUUUAUUCUGCCUUUAUUUCAUUUUUUUAUGGAAUCACUAGUGACCAUAUUCGCCUUCUUUGGAAAGAACUCUGCAUCGUUCUGUUGCUCUCAUUAUCUUUUGUCUUUAUAUUCCAUUUGCCUUCAGUGCUUACCUGUUUGUGUUGUGAUGUUACUUUUAGGCAAGCAUCUUUGACGGUGUUAAUGACAUAGAGCAAAGGAAAAGGGAUCUGGAGAAGAAGUUGGAUGUUUUGAAUGAGAAGAAACACCACCUUGUACAGAUGCUGAAGCAGGUAACUCUACUUUUCUGGUUUGCAUUCCUAUGAUGGAGUAGAUGCUUAUAAUUAAUUUAUUAAUUUAAAUAAAUAAAAAAGAGAAAAAUAUGUGGGGAGGGCGUUUGAGGGUUAUUCUUUGAUCAUUGCAUAUAUAUAUAUAUAUAUAUAUAUAUAUAUAAAAUCAUGUAAAAAAGAGAAAGGCAUGGUCAAUACAGUAUCUCAACAUAUGAAGCCACGGUCUCAAAACUUUGGUCAUUCAUGACUUAACUGAAAAAGAAUCCAGAUGAUUUGCUAUGACAAUCAAACUAAAUUACUUCGUUUAGCUUUCCAGAAGAUUAGAUAAAUAGUCUUGAUACUCUUCUGGCUUUCAUGCUGUUCCUUAAGAGCCUUCUUGUUUGCUUAGAAAAUAAUCGCUACAAAGGAUGGCUGUGAGUUAGUUGGUGAGGAAGUGCAUGCAGAACAAGAUCUCUUAAAUCAUAUUUCAUAUUCAUUAUAUAACUUAGUGUAACAUUAGACAAUUGGUCAGUUAUCCAUUUGUUUUGUGAUAAGAAUUUAGUAAAGAUCAGUAAUUGAUAAGGAAAUGUCUUCAGCAUUGAACUUUUCAUUACAUUGAAGAGCACAAGGCAGUAGAUGUGACAUGCUCAACGUGUUUUCACUUGUCAAGUUUUGAUAGGAGAUAUCAGAAAGCUUAAAUUUGUAGCUGCAACAAUUGUGGAGAAACAGAGGACAGUUUCUGUGGUGGGCCUGGUCGAGGGGGGAGUUGGUCAAGGAUAUUUCUUUCAGGUGUUGUGAAAAUAUUGUAGACCUCAAAGGAUAUCCUCAAUCCUCUGGGCACCUGUAUCGUGCUGUCUUAGUUAAGAAAUGGGAGCUGUUGUGACAUUGUACUGUUUGUCACAACAAGCACAAUGGAUAACUGUCCUAGUGCCAACUGACCCUACAUGUUGGGCCUUACCUAGAUUGUAUAUACCAUUGGUACCAGGUUCUACCUGUCAUUGCCUAUGCUGACAAACCAUGCCAACCUUGAGUACAUCUUGAGUCUCCCUCAUACCCUUUAGGGAAAGGUUUUCAUUCAAUCUUUCAUUGUUUAUUUCUUGAAAUUGUCGAGCUCAAGCUGUAUGAAGACAUUAGACACAUUUUUGGAUGACAUCCUCUGAUUAGGGGAGAUUUUUUGUGGCUUCAUGAUGCUCUGAGGCAACAGUGUGUUUCAGCCAAAGGCCUAUAAACAAUUAUAGACAUGAUCAUUCGCAUGGUAAUUAUAGUUGGUGUAUUUCUCCUCAUUGAAAGUGAAGGGAUCCUGUUGCAUGACAUCCAUCGUCCAGCUCUCGGCACCAGUCUGGGUCCAAUAAUGUCAUUGGUGUACCUCAGACGUGAAUGGGUCUUUCUGGCAGCUCUUAUUCUUCUCACUACAAGUGUGUUUAUUUUUAUUCUUCUUUUUGUACACGAGUUAUUGUGCAGUGCCUAACAAAAUAUAAGUUACUGUUGGCUGCAUUGUCUAGUUCUCCAUACUGGGUCAUAAUAUAAGUUACUGUUGGCUGACUAAUGUUCAUGAAAUACACUAAGGUGAGGGUUGUAAAUUGUUCAUAUUGGUAGCACAUACUUCUCAAUUAGUCAAUCAAUGAUAUUCAUGCUCUUGUUGGUUGGUAAAGUUUAUCAUCUAUAUAAAGGUUAUGUAUUUCUCACCUUUGAGAUAGAUGCUAGAUUCAAUCUAGAUAUAAUUUUACCAAUAAUUUGCAUAAAUGCGCAAUGAUAUGAUUGCUUUUUUUAUGAUUACCUUUACACUAAAUUUUUUGGUGAAUUCAGAUUUUGGCCUUCUAUAUUUCGAUGAAUUCCUAGAUUUUAAUGAUUCAGGAGAUAUAAAGAGCAUGAUUAGUUUUCAGCUAUUAAAAUUUCUUUAUGUACGUACAUUCCUGUUACUGCUCAUUGAUGUGGUUUGGUUAUUUGCAUCGUUAUCUAUCUGUAAAAAAAUUAAAAAAAUGGGCUUUUGGUGAAUUUCCGUAGAUCUUAAAUGCUGAAGAGGAAAUGAAGAAAAGGACCAGCAUUGAGCCACCUUCUAUUCGUGCCUCUUUUCCUUCUCAAGCUGAUGCCCCAACUGACACUGGAUCUACAAUAAAAAUUGCUGCUCCAAGAAUGACCGUAGAGGUAAAUUUUGGGGGUGAUUUCAGUGGCGGUGGGGAGUCAGAAGAGAUUGCUAGCCAUGGUGCUCAAGUGCGUCAUUCACACCACAUGCAAAGCCCAUCCCCAUCCUCAGCUUCUCCUUUCAACAGACCGAUGCAUGGAUUUGUUCAUCAUAAUUCGGUAACUUCUUUACAACUGAACUAUUUUCUUAUUAAAUGAUAAUACCUGUUAAUUAUCUGUCCCGGUGGCAAUGGUAUCCUCCAGAAUCUUCAAAUGUUAUUUUUCACAAUUUUUUACUUUCACUCUACAUUUGUUUAUGCCCCCAACAUAAGGCCCGGGGAUCGUUAUUUAUGCAAACUUCAUCAUGAGGUAUGGAGUUUCUAAGCUCUUGUCCGGUGUUGCUAUUACAAAAUUUUGUGGAAUUGGAAAAGAGCAACACUGUUUUUUAGAGCUCACAUUCUUCCCCAAGAUCAAUGGUGUGAUUUUACGCCCAGUUGCUUUGAGAGAAUGGAGUGUCUUGUGAUCCAUCAGAAAUAAUAAAAGACCAAUUUCUCCAAGGGACAUGCAGAGAAUAUUGGCCCAUUCUUAAGAGUUUAUGGAUCAUCCAACUCAAAAACAAACCUGUCUUUGUAACCACAUACUUUUUCUAAAACCAAUAUGGGACUAUACUUCAUAUUCUGAAACAAAACCCACUGUUCCCUCCGUAUGAUAUCCAUUAUUUAUUAAUGAAAUCUGUAGAAGCCUCCCAGCCUAUGGAGAAUUUGGUUGCAAUAACAAAACAGCCCUCCCUAGUUCUUCAACCACAAGAUCUAAGAGCAGAGAGGAUGGUCAGUAUUGGCAGAAAACCCACGGAAUCUUCCUAUUAGCCAUGUCAUAUGCUUUUGAAUAUUUUCUUCAGAGCAAGCAUCGGUCUUUCACACUGUCUUGGUAUCCGAAAUUUUUUAUUGCGCUAAGAAUAUGGUAUUUAGAAAACGCUUGUGUUAUAUUUCGUGUAAAAUCUUUUCUUCAUCUUUUUUUCUUUGUUAAUUUCGAUCUGUUUUAAUUCGUUAGUUUCCUUUUACCUGAUAUAAUCUUCGGUUAUAUUUUGGUAGACUAAAUCAUUUAUAAUUUUUAGGAAGUGAAAUGGGGAAACUGUGACUUAGCUACUUCAAAGUCCAUGCCCCUGUUUCCAUUACUAAUUAAGGGUUUCCUUUCUGAUAAGUGAGGAUAUCAGUGGCCUACCCGUAAGAUUGCCUGGGACUUCAUGGUGGGUGGCGAGUUCAAUUGAUCAUGGGUUCUUGUCACUUGAAAGGAUGAUAAUCAGAGGAAAGAUAAAAAACACCGGAAGGUUAAAAAUUAUGUAUUUAUGCAUGCGAUAAACUAUGAUAAUGGAGAUAUUCAGUUGAUGGGUGCUGCUAGUUAUCCUCAUGCCGGGAGCUGUUCAGCAUAAUUGAUCUUGGUCCUCUUUAAAAACCAUCCCUUUGGAACUCGGCUUGUAUGUCAAGUAUCUUUGGCUGAUAUGCAAAAAUAGUAUAGUCCAUUGUUUUUUUAUUUCGUCUAGGUCAUGCUAGAGACUAUUUUGGAAAUCUGAAUGUAUACCAAAGGAAAAAAAAAACUAGUUUAGUAAUUACUUCGUCUACUCUUCACAGGCCAGCACCCCUCGAGGAAUUUCCACCUCCACAUCACUUGGGAGUAUGACAGCUAGCCCAUCUCGCUUUGCUCCAUCCGGACAUCCAGGCCACAUGACAAGUCAACCCAUGGUUUCUAUUUCUGGGACUCAUUUUCUUGCCUCCUCACCCUCCCCUGCAGGUUCCGGCAGUGCCUCCUCCGUUUUCAGAGACUCUCAUCUCGCCAGCCCAUAG